AUGCUCAGCGCAAGCACAACUUCAACCUCGACGGUUCGAUCGCGCCCUCGCCGCUUAGUUUCAUUCACGGACGACGAAGACGACAGCAACAAUGCUACAAACUACGCCUACGAGGAUGAUGCCCAGCUAUUUCCCUCGGGAUUAUCAACGACUCUUGCGCCCUCCGAGGGUGGAACGACUCGAUCCCGCGGAGGGACCCCCUCGCCAUUGUCAUCCCGUGGAGCCUCACCACUUCCAAUGAGACACCCAUCACGUGCGACCGAAACGAUAAAUCGUAGUAGUCGCAGUGGGCCAACAUCGUUCGCUUGGAGUGGGUCAUCAAAGGCCUCGUCGUCGGGAGGUGCUGCGAACUUUCUGGACUCCUCGUGGUCCUCUCUCCAAAGCCUCGCAUCUUCAGUAUUGGGGAGUGAUGCUGAACAAGUUACUCCGAAUAAUGCGACAAAACCACACGCGCGAAGGAAGCCAUCUCGGUCUGACGUAUAUAUUAAGAGUGCUUCCAGGUCGACGUGGGGUCCGUCGGCACCGACGGCUCCGCAGUUCGGAACUGGGACAAAGGAAGAGCGACAGGCUUUAGUUCAGGCCAAAAAGAGAGAAGCGCUGCUCCUUGCUGAUAGUGAUCCGAUCGCAAGUCGUACGCUCCCUCACAAAAGACGCGACUCUGGGGACAUUUCAUAUCAAGCGUUUGAGCCGGAGCACGAUGAAGACGCUCUAGCCUAUAUCCACAAAGUGCAACCAACGGACACUAUCACCGGCGUGACGAUCAAAUACGGCUGCCAGGCUGCAGUGUUUCGGAAGGCGAACGGUUUCUGGCCCAACGACAACAUUCAGAGCAGAAAUACUGUUCUCCUACCAGUCGAUGCGUGCUCUCUGAAAGGCCGGCCUGUUCCCCCAAAGCCUGUAGAUCUUUUGAAUGACGAAGACCCCAGGGACAGCUCGAUAACCCCGACGGCUGCCUCUGCCGAUGAUACCUCUGCAACCGCGUCAGGGGCCGAUGGAAAUCAUGUUUGGAAGCAUGAAUCGUGGGUGCACAUGGAUGGGUUUCCCGGACCAGUCGAAAUUGGCCGCGUUCCUCGAAGAGCAUUGGGAUUCUUUCCGCGUACGCGUCGAAAAUCUAUAUCUUACUCGGAUGCAGAACCUCCCGAUUUUUACCGAGAAACAAUCACUCCUCCGUCUCCUACCGGAUCACCACCUCUACCUUCAUCAUUUGGUAUACUGCCACGAAGUCGACCAAACGGCGACCAACCCCAACCCAAAACCACACACCCCAUUCGUCCUCAGCAUCGCCGCCAACGCAGUAGUAUCCAACUGUCUGGCACAGGGGUGGGAACACUUGACCCCACCUCGACUGGUCCAGGGCCUGCGUUAGAUGGGUUCACUCGAUUCUUCGCGCAGCAUAUACCGAAUCUCGCGCCUCCACAAUUCCCGGACAAUUUUCGGACGUCUUCCUUUGACUCCACAUCCACCGUCGCAUCCAAUGCAUCGACUAGUCUCGAGAACAUUGGCGGGGCUUUUGAAGGAUGGGUUCGAAAGGUAGCAACACGCGCUAAGGCCGGCAUUAAUGAGCUUCAGCAAGGAGCAACCACCCAGCAGGGUAGCAGCAGGGGUCGCAAUAUGUGGCGGAUGGAUGACCUGAUUGAGCUUGACGACGGCUUAGUGGAUGGUCGGAACUCCCCCAGCCCGUUCAAAAGUGCAUCGCGGAGGUCUGAGUUACAGGGCACCUCAUCCUCAUCCUCGUCUAAUCAAUAUAACAGCCCUUCGGUGGCAGCGAGCAGGUCUCGUGCGACUGGAUUUGGCUCUGGCUCCGGUUCGUCCGCCUAUGGCGAGCGGGUCAAGGAUGAUUAA